GUAUUUAAGCGCAAACUUUGAAAGUGGUAACAUUUUUUCACGUGGUUUAGGAAUUCUUCGGCUUGCUCUUUUGUAGGGUGUAUUAUACUGUGAUUAUCAUCCUGUCCUGUUCAUCGGGUACAUCUUACCCCGAAAAAUAAGGAAAAAACUUAUUUUUAUUCGACGGACAAUUACCAGUUCGUAUUGUACCUAUUGCGGACUUAAGUCGUAAAUAGAUCUGCAAUUUAUUAUAUACUCACAGUCUCUAAUCCUAGUAUUAACCAGGUUGAUACUUAAUAACAACUAAUACUCAGAUAUUAUAUUUAACUUAACGAGCACUCUGCUCACUUAUUUACAUAUCAUGUUCAGUAACUCCAGUAAAAGAGGAAUUUCACCAACUUCUAAGCCAAAUAAAAGGUCCAAAUCUGUAACACCUACAACUGACGACUCAGUGCUUGACAAUGUCGAACCUUUAACUACUGAAAAUUAUGUGUAUUGUACACAAAUGUCUUUAUCGUCACCAGAUUCUCCAUGUCGCAACCCCUCUAUCUUUACGUGCAGUAUGCCAACGGUAAGACUGGUUGACAUACAAGACACUAUACCUACGUGCAUCGAAAAGUCAGCACAGUCUACUAGACAGUAUGUGCUACCAAGGCCUAAGUCUAAAAUUUCAAAAACUAAAGAGUCCAAUUGUCCACCUCAAACACACCAAAAUACUGAUAGAUAUAGUAAUGACAUCCGACAGCUACAAAACUCUCUAUCCGAAAUUAACGGCAAACUUGAGCAAUUAGCACCCCUCACUCAUAUAUGGGGCCUUGACACCGACAAAAAUCUUGAGGAACUCACUAAAGCUGAGUGUAUUUUGGAGUUUGUGGCUGAAGAAGUGACGAAGAAAGUGAUGUCCUCCUUCAAUGCAGUUGUGUAUAACCUCCCCGACCGCACACACCCAUCUAAGUUAAGGGAUAUUUGCCUUAGAGCAUGCGGUAUGCCAAACGUUAACUGCAAAGUCAUCCGCCUUAGAAAAAAGUCAGACAGAUCGACUUGCCCCCUUUUGUUUAUGUUUGGCUGUUGUAACGAUGCUAAGCAGUUUAUUAAUUUGAGCAAAAAUAUUAGCUCACUAAUUCCAUACAAGAAUAUAAAAGUCACUCCAGACCUUACACCCUGUCAACGUCGCGUAAGAAGACGCGAAGCGAUAGAAUUGAAUGGGAGUGUUACAGUUAAUAAUCAGCCAGAGACAGUUUGCAACACAGUAAAUAGUUUAAAACACACGAACAAUAAGCAUGACACCACUCCACAUACGGCUGAUCACUCUGUUGACCUAGAUGAGUUUACAGAUCAGAAACCUUUGGGUAAGAUACGGACCCCAACUGACACCAAAAACCAUAACGACAUGACUAAUCCCAGCUGUUCGUUCAGUAAUGUACUAAAAUGUGGGUCGUGUAACAACACACGUGCAACUAAACCUAUACACUUGAAAAUUUGUCCUCCCAAAGAUAUUCCACAAGUAGACUUGAAUGAACGUAAGUUCAUCUCACAGAGACAACGAAAGACUCCAGCUCUGAAAAUAAAGGGUGGGAAGACAAAACUCAUGAUACCGAAUAGGGAAACACGUAAGAUUGAACCCAACUGCUCUAUAGGUAUCCCAAGAACAGUGAACAGGUUCUCCCCGCUGCUAUCGUAUAACUUGCCUUCAACACCUCUAAGUUGCAAAAUGGGUGGUGGGCUUCAGCGUAGCAAGCCUUCUUGCACGCAGACUAACGAAAACUACAAGAAAAAUGGCCACCCAAAUCACCCCCUGAAGCCUAAAACCAUAAAUAAGAAUGGUAAUAGGUUUCUCACUCCACACCCUACCUACAUUCCCCAGGAUCGCAACUGUAAUUACUCUCAGAAUGAAAACUUUUCACACCCUUUAGUACCGACCCAUUACAUAACAACGGUUCCCAUGUAUAACAACAGUCGCAACUCCUCCCAGUUACGCGCAGCAGACCCCUCUCACGCUAACGUAAAUAGCCAUAACAGGGGCUACGAGUCUUACCAUCAAGACUAUUUUGUAAAUAACCAUACACUUCACAGUAGGCCUGUACAAGAUUUUUUUGGAAUAAGACCCCUAGUGACACCUCUGUUGAAGUAUAUAGCCCAGGUUAUUUCAAACCACAUGCAAACCAUAAAUUUGUUUCCUCCGUACAGUUUCCAUCAGAGAGUACUCCCACCCUUUCCUCCUGGGUAAACUUCACUAGCCCAUUUGAUACAUCUCCCACUAAGUCUAGCCAUCAAAAUACCGAGCUAAUGAAGAACAUCCAAUCCCUCACAUCAAACUCAUCUCACACCCGCGAGGGUUACGACGACUUUAUCCGAGAUACCCUCACCCAUUUUAACUUAGUAGUUUAUUUGAACACAUGAAUAUUGGUACAAGAGAGCGCCAAUAUAUAUGCGCCACACAAAACAAUGAGAAUUCGAAGAGAGUAG